AAAACCAUUGAUUCCGACAGAGAAGCGCUUUCAAGCACAAGAACGCAGCAGAGGGAGGAAGCUAGUGUUGAUUACUACACCAGGCCUGUUCUACUACAGUAAAACUCACUCUAGAUCCUGAUUGAAACAAGAUAAAAUGACUGAAACAGGCGGAGAAUCAGAAACCAAACAAAUUCUCAUCGCAGCUCGCGAAAGAGGCCCGGGUCCUGGUAGAUAUGGCCUGCCGUCGACAUGCGGUUUUCCCGAACACGAUUUCACGAAAAACAGAGCACCAGCAUAUUCAUUUGGUACAAGGCUAGAAAACUCAAUGUUUAAAAAGGAUUGUAGCCCCGGACCUGGAUAUAGAAUCGAUCCAUCCAUCACGAAACAUGGAAAAGACGGAACGCCAAGCUACUCAGUCCUCGGGAGGCAAAGAGAUCCAAACACAUUCAAGACCCCUGCCCCUGGCGCGUAUUCGCCUGAGAAAGUCCAUCCGCAGGGAGAGCGGCACGCACCGGCCUAUUCCAUGGGUGGCAGGACACGAUAUAGGAAACGAGACGCCUCCCCCUCACCAAACGCCUACAAUCUUCCCCAACUCCUCGGCCCCAAAGUUCCAAACAAGUAUUCUUCUGCGUCAUACUCUAUGACUGGUCGAGCUACUACCGGUAGCUUCUCUGAGGAUCUGGCCAAAGCCCCUGGACCUGGCAAAUAUAACACAACAAUUCCCAACACAUACAAGAACCGACAGCCACAGUAUUCAAUGCUUGGCAGGAGCUACAUGCCUGGAGACAGUACAAAGAAACCCGGGCCUGGUGCUCACAGUCCAGAGAAAGUCUACAUCAACAAACACCAAGCGCCAAAGAUCUCUCUUGGAAUCCGCCAUAGCGAAUUCAUCACCCCGCUUAUCAUCGAUGUAUCAGAUUAAACAUAUAUACAAAUUAAUUUUUCAUUUUAAAACCCUGGAUUUUCUGUAUUUACACAAAUUUUAACUUUACUUUUACCCAUAGCAUCACUUUUAACAUUUUUUAUUUUGUUAUUUUGGAGAUCUUUGAAGUAGAAUUUUGGGAACUGGGCUCAAUGUCCUACUUCAAAAAUUUUGGUAACUGGUUUACUCUUUAACUCUUAAUUCUAGGAUUUGCAUAGAGCUACAUAAGUAUAAGCAAAUAUAUGUGUGGAAAUCAAUUUUAUUGUCAGAAAAAUUGACAUUAUUUAGUAUAGAAAUGGAUUGCCAAAGGAUAAGGGAUUAGAGACAUUACAUUUAUUCUAUCUACACAAUUUCUGUCUAAUGCAUUCAAGAUAUUGAAUGGAUACAGUUGUUUUAAUUAAACAGGCUUUACUGACUUCCUUACUUGUAACAUACCUGAGAGCUUUACACAAAUAAACAAUUGUGACAAUUAA